ACCUCCUCUGCUCUUAGCUACACAUGGAAAACUCACCAUGGUUGCCUCACUCGCAAGUUGAUGGUGAGGAGUGAAGUGAAGCCUUCUCUAAUUUGGCGGUGAUGAUCGGUAACUUACUAUGUUCACAUGUCUAGCUUUAUGUUCGUUGCAGUUCUGAAAAAUACUUGCGGGUAAGGCAUAGAAGACGUGGUUUAUUCUUCUAUAUAUGAAACCCUCUCUACCAACUCCGAUGAUUCAUAGGCCAGCCGAGAGGGGGGAGGGGGUGACACUAUACUUCUUCCCCUUUGGUUUACCCAUACGAAAGUUCCUCUCUUCCUAUAUCCCUUUCUUUCGCUGCCGACAAUUUUCUCCUCCGCAUCCAUUAUCAUCCAACAAUACCACCGGAGGUCCGCUAGCAGAUGGGUAACUUCAUCUCCCCUCCCUUCCCUCCUUGAUCCCAGAGAAAAUAAAUUUGCUCAGAUCUACUCAUGUCGAUAAUAUAACAAGUUUCAUUGUUAGGAUUUUUCUGUCUAGAUAGAUGACCGGAUUGAAUCGCGAUAUUAUUCGGAAGUUUUCCAUAUCCUAUUUAAGGACUCUAGACCGAAGAAGCGGAUUUUUCUUUUAGGGGAGUUGUCCAGUUAACCCGAGCCCCCAGGUGAGCUUACCCUCUUGCAGCUCUAGAGAGUCACCACACCAGAUCCGCUCCACCAAAGCGGUGGCGUGAGGAGAAAGACCUGGGGAAGAUGAUGUAAUUUCUAACUUGUUAGGGCUAACCUUUUCCAGCUGCAUCGAGCUUUUGCAUUGUCGUUUUGGUAACCGAAGCUUAUCCCAUUUUUGGCAGUUUUACCUUUGCGUGAAACCAGGCGCAGUAAGCAACAAGGCUCACAUUGAACCUGCAUCAGAAGAGACCAACGGUGGUUCAUCUCGCCGCUGAGCUGGAUGCAUGCGUUCAUAUGCGGCCGAGAUCGAGGAGCCCCUCCCAUGGACGGCGUGCACCCGGCUGCUCGCCUCGCGUGCGACCGGCCUCCUUUCCACGUCCUCUGCAGCUUACCCGCAAGCCUUUUCCGGAGAGCCGCGACGAACUCGAGGCUACUGGACGUGUAGACAAGGUGGAGUUACUGGUCUUCACCGCGAGAUUAGCGGAGGGGGGCUUCAGUUCGCCCCUGAUCACCGCGCGCGCACCGGCAACCGGCGGGUGAGGCGAGCGAUGCCGGGCCGGGCUUUCCAUGUGAAGGGUGCCGUGUGUACGCCGAGCCGUGCGCCCCUGCGCUGCGUGCUCUCCCUUGCGCGCCCUGGCCUUGUCUCGUAGCCGGGGCGCGCAACAAACCUCUGUGGACGCACGCGCACGCGCGGCGUGCCAGGGCACGGAGCUGGGCCUUUAUCAACCCCACCUCGCCGUGCCAUUGCCAUCCGCCAGCGAGCGAGCGAGAGAGAGAGAGACAGUGUGUUUGUGUGAGAGUGAGGGAUCGAGCGAGGUAGUGGUGGCUAGGCGGCCAUGGCUGGAUUGCGUGAGAUGGCUAUAUUCUACUCACAAGAGCGCAGCUUCUUCCACCGGCUGGUGCGCGACCUCGGGCAGGAGAAGGAGCAUAUGAGGUGGGUGAUCGCGCUCUGGCUCUGGUUCGAGGCCGAUGGGAACGACAAGUUCAUGCGCCGCGCGGCCGCGCUUCCGGGCCCCGUCGUGCUGCGCUUCGUCGACGAGGCGCUGGCGUGCCUCGCCCGCCUCGCCGGCCGCGUGCUCCCCGGCGCCAGCACCCUCCUCCCCUGCACCAACGCGCUCCUCAACAAGCCCAUCGACGACGUCACCUACUUCGACGAGCACCGCGACAACAUCAUGCCCCGCGUCAAGUUACUGUACAAGACCGUCUGCCGCGUCGUCCUCGACGACGCCUGCGCCUCCGACGACGCCGUCUUCUUUCCCAGGAGCAGCGCCGCCUCCGCGCCGCGCGCCAUCGGCACUCCCGUGCUCGCCAGCGCCGUCUCCCCACCCCCCCAGACGCCAACGACGCCGAGGUUCGCCGACCUGAACGCAAUAGUGACGCCGAGGUUCUCCCAGCUGAACGCGAUGGCGCCGCCGUGGGCCCCGAUCCGGCUGGCGCAGCCGUACCAGCCCCAGCCCCAGCCCCAACCCCAGCACCAGCACCAGCAGCAUCAGAUGAUGAUCGUCGACCGCCUUCCAGAGGAGUUCCGCUCGCUCUUCAUCACCUUCUCCCGCGGCUACCCCAUCGACAAGGACGACAUCAGGGACUUCUUCAACUCGCUGCACGGGCGCCCGUGCGUGGAGGACGUGAUGGUGGAGAGGGCGGCGCCGGGGCAGAUGCCGGUGUACGGGAGGGUGGUGCUGCAGAGCGCGGACAUGAUCCCGGCGCUGCUCGGGGGCGAGCCGACGGCCAAGUUCAUCAUCAAGGGCAGGCACCUCUGGGCCAGGGUCUACGUGCCCUGCUCCAGGAACACCUUCCAAGCCUGAAUGCUCGAUCCGUCCAUCCAUGCAUCCAGCUACCUGGCCUACAAUUAAGCUGCAUGCGUGCAUGGAGCUGGAGCUUCAAGAUGUGCCAUGGCACAGUCAGUUACCCGGUUCAUAUGCUACCUACUACUACUCGAUCGAUUGGUCCAGAGACUAUGCUCGAGAGAUGAGACAACCAUCGAUCGAUAUACAUAUGUGUGUCCAGUCUGUGCUUUGUGCUUGUCUUAAUUAUAUCGGAUAUGUGGAAUAAAUGUGUGUUUACUUCCGUUUGAUACAUGAAAGUAUUUAUGUUACUCUGUUA